CCCUCACUGCGGCGGACAGCGCCCCCCUGCGUCACUCACACCGCAGGAUCCAUGCUCCUCCGGAUGUGCCGACCAGCUCUCAGCGUCCCCUCCCCACCCCGGGCCACUGCAGCUCCAGAGCGAGUUCACACCAUGCCGCGGAAGGAGAGCAGAGAGGGAAAAGGACAGAAGAAGGAGGCGGCACAGGCUGCCCAUCCUACAGGUCCUGUUGUACUGGACAGAAGUGGCUGUGUUUUAAUAUCUGUACAUGCCAAACCAGGUUCUAAACUGAAUGCUGUAACAGAUGUGACGACAGAGGCUGUUGGAGUUGCAAUUGCAGCUCCUCCAUCUGAAGGAGAAGCAAAUGCUGAAUUAUGCCGCUAUCUCUCCAAGGUCCUGGAGGUGAAGAAAAGUGAAGUUAAUCUUGAAAAGGGUGGAAAAAGUCGGGAGAAAAUAGUGAAGAUUUCAGCAGCUACAACACCAGAAAUUGUUUUGGAAAAACUAAAGAGUGAAGCAUCCAAAAGCUGAUUAUUUUUUGUUGAUGGACUUUUUGAAUUUGAAAUUAUACAGAGAAGAAGCCAUGCUGAAAUAAUAAAAAUCAACCACAUUUUAAUCUACCGUACAUAUAACAUGAUGGUCAAGUG